AUGGAUAUCACAAAGGUUCUUCCCGAAGAGUGUAUCUCAAUGAUUGUUUCCUUCACAUCUCCUGAGGAUGCAUGCAGAUUAUCUCUUGUGUCCCCAUUCUUUAAAGAAAUUGCAGAUUCAGAUGCUGUGUGGGAGAACUUUCUUCCAUCUGAUUACAAAGAUAUCAUAGAUCAGUCUUCAACACCAUCCCUUAAUUUAUUCUCCAAAAAACAAAUUUACUCACACCUCAGUGUCCAUCAUGUUCUUUUGGUCAAUGGGAAUAUGAGUUUAUAUCUAGAGAAAGCUACCGGCAAAAAGUGCUGCAUGGUGAGUGCAUCGGGAAUCGAAUUCCGUAUCCGGUCGAGUGGUUCUGAAUGCUAUUUCUCGUCCGAGGAAUCUGUACCACAGUCGAGAUUUUACCAACUAGUACAGAUCAAAUUCGACUACAAACUGCGUGUUACGGGAAGUAAUUUAGACACUAAAGUUUUGUCGCCAAAUACAAAUUAUGGUGUUUACUUCAUCUUUCAUUUGGUAGACCAAGAUUAUCAACCUAGGAACCUACAAUGGAUGCUGGAGAGAGCUCAGAGGAGAGAAGAUGGAUGGAUGGAGGUUGAGAUCACAGACUUUUUUAGCGGAGACGGAUAUAACUUAGUGGAUUUUCAUUAUAAGUUGAAGAAUAAUGAUUUGAGGUCUUAUUGUUGCCUUAUUGUUGAAGGAGUUGAGUUCAGGCCCAAAAAUUUGUGA